AUGGUGAACUUAUUUCUUGUAGUACUUGUCAUUCUUGUUGCUAAUGCACCAAUUUCAUUUAGUUUAGCAUCUACUUCCAAUCUUGAACGGGCAAUCUUCAGCUUUGGUGAUUCCAUUUUGGAUGCCGGAAACAACCACUUCAACAAGAACUGCACGGCUCAGGCGGAUUUCCCUCCCUAUGGAUCGAGUUUCUUCCACCGCCCCACGGGGAGGUUCACUAAUGGAAGAACAGUUUCUGAUUUCAUUUCGCAAUUCAUUGGCAUCGACGUCCAGAAACCCUUCCUUGAGGCGCAGAUUGCUGUUUCUAAUGGGAGUUGGAAGGCUUAUCCCUCCAAUGGCAUCAACUUUGCAAGUGCCGGCAGUGGUGUUUUGCAGGCAACAAACAAGGACUUGGGAAUCACCCCAAUACAAGUCCAAGUACAACAAUUCAAAACCCUAGUAGAGCAAAACCACAUAGCUCAAACUCUCGUCAAAAAGUCCAUCUUCUUCUUGGAGUCAGGUUCCAACGACGUCUUCAACUACUUCCUACCAUUUGACACCCCAACACUUAGCCCCGACACCUACGUGCAAGCUAUGUUGGUAGAAGUUGGGAGAUUCGUCGACGAGAUUUACAAGCUCGGUGGUCGUCGAAUUGCGGUGUUUUCUCUAGGGCCCGUCGGCUGUGUCCCAGCAAGAGCGCUCUUAGGCGCACCUACUAACCGAUGUUUUGGGAAAAUGAACAAAAUGGUGAAACAUUACAACAAAGGAUUGGAAAGUUUGGUCAAGGACAUUCCUGUUAAGUACCCCGGCAUGGUUGGUGUUUAUGGGGCAGUUUAUGAUGUUGUUCAGCGAUUUCGAGCUAUUCCAACGCGUUAUGGUUUUACGGAUGUGUCGACAGCAUGUUGUGGUGACGGGACUCUUGGAGGUGAGCUGCAAUGUGGGAAAGAAGGUUAUAAGAUUUGUGCAAAGCCCAAUGAGUUCUUGUUCUGGGAUUACUUCCAUCCAACAGAACACACUUACAAACUUAUCUCCAAGGCUUUAUGGGCCGGAAACACGGCCCGAGUCAGGCCCGUUAAUCUCAAGACUCUAGCCAGCGUCACCUUUUAG